AUGUCAUGGUGGUCGACGAUGUAUGUGGUUAUUGCCGCCAGUGGCUUUCUAGCAUGGCUCACACAAGGUGCAUGUUUUGCGUAUGCUUCCGAGAAGCUAAUCCGGCGCUGUCGUGAGCAGCUUUUCCGCAAUCUCCUUCGUCAGGAGUUAAGCUUCUUCGACCAUACUCGCUAUUCGACGGGUUCAUUAGCAAACCUUUUGUCGACCGAAAUCACCAGUAUGACGGGUCUCAGCGGCGCCGUUCUUGGGAGCAUAUUCACAAUGCUGUCCACGCUGGUUGGAGGUAUAGUACUGUCAAACAUCCUUGCAUGGAAACUAGCCCUUGUUUGCUGUGCCACUAUUCCCAUAAUUCUCUUCUGCGGGUGGGCUCGAGUCAAAACACUUGGGGUAUUCAGUUCAAAGAUGAAAGAAGCGCAUAUCAGUUCUGCAAGCUGCGCUGCAGAAGCAGUCAGUGAGGCGCGUACAAUUGCUGCAUUCGGCCUUGAAAACCAUGUCUUGUCCAAAUACAAUGAUAUAUUGGUUGGCCACAUUGAACGGUCAACUCAACCUAUCAUCAAAGCAUCGGUUUACUACUCAGCUUCACAGUCGUUUGCCUUCUUAUGUGCAGCGCUAGGUUUUUGGUAUGGGGGGCGUUUGCUUGGUGCAUACGAGUAUAACUUACUGCAAUUUUUCAUCUGCUUCGCUGCACUUAUUUCUGGAUCACAAUCGGCAGGCUAUGUCUUUUCCUAUGCGCCAGAUAUUGGUAAAGCCAGAAAUGCAUGCGACACACUUAUGCCAUUGAUUGGAGACGGAACCCAUGAGCCAUUUAAGCAGCAUCAGGUUACUAAAUCAUCACAGUCGGAGAAGAGCGGGGUGAUUGGGUUCCAUGGCGUGUCAUUCCAUUAUCCAUCUCGGCCUCAAAGGCAGAUCUUUGACAACCUAAGCUUUACCAUCCAGCCUGGCCAAUUUGCUGCCAUUGUUGGACCAAGUGGCUGCGGUAAAAGCACAAUCUUAAGUUUGAUUGAGCGCUUCUUCUGUCCCAGCGAUGGUUAUAUUACGUUGAAUGGAGCUAACAUCGCUAUGCUCAACCUAGACGAGUAUCGUUACUCUAUAUCGCUAGUAGGGCAGGAUUCAGUGCUAUAUAGCACCACAAUUCGUGACAAUCUCACUAUGGGGCUGCGAACAGAGGUCACUGACGAGCAGCUGAUGGAGGCAUGUCGCGACGCUAAUAUUAGUGAUUUUAUUCUUUCAUUACCGGAUGGGCUUGAGACCACCGUCGGCAGCCGUGGUCAGCUCCUUAGCGGCGGUCAGCGCCAGCGCAUAGCGAUUGCUCGCGCCCUGCUUCGUAAUCCGCAAAUUCUGCUUCUGGACGAAGCGACUUCGGCGCUCGACGCGAAUGCAGAGAAAAUAGUCCAGGAAGCGCUGGACAAAGCGGUACAGGGCCGAACAACUAUCGCCGUUGCGCAUCGGCUAAGCACAGUGCGAAAUGCAGAUGUCAUUUUUGUAGCUGGCGAGAACGGAAUGGAGGAGAUUGGAACACACAACGAGCUGAUUGCAAGAAAAGGGGCGUAUUAUCGUAUGGUGCAGAUGCAGAACCUGGGAGAUGCCGCGGCCUAG